CACUAAGCCGGGUUGUAAGAGGAGAGGAGGGGAGUCGUAUGGGGUGGAUUCAAGGCAGGAUAAGCUGUCAAAGCUGCAAGAAGUCAUGUUGGACAGGAAGAUGUUAGCAGUCACAGAAACAUAAAAAGGCCCUCCAAAACCUGAAGCACUGAGAGGUGGGAAAGAAGAGGGAGCUUCUGGAGUAAAGCAUUUGUUCUGAGGGAGCGGAUAAGAACUGAAGAGAUACAAAGCAAGGGAGGUGUCUGCUGGAAGUAUGGGGUGCAUCCACAGCACGGGCACUGAUGGGAUGAGGAAACGUGGACUUAACAGUGGCACAGGAGGAAUCCCCAUAAAGGUAGACCCUGAGGUGCAUCCUGAAAUCCUUCACCUCACUGAGCUCGCCAAAGCUGGGAGCCACACCUUCACAGAGAAGAGCUUCAAGAGGAAAGGAAUAUGUGAUGUGUGCGAGCAGAACAUCGACAACCCCGGGGCUUUGUGCAAGGCAUGCAAGGUUGCAGUUCACAAGGCAUGUGAAGCCAAGAACGGUUCCACUAAAUCUGCAUCACAGAAGAAGAGGGGCUCCAUACAAAGGAAUAAAAGUGUGGAACAAGUGAUGGAGCAUGUGAUGGAGCACCACUAUGACUUUGACCUCACCUACAUCACAGAGAGGAUCAUCUCUGUCUUCUUCCUGCCUGACCUGGAGGAACAGCGAUACCGCAGAAACCUACAGGAAGUGGCCUCCAUGCUAAAAUCCAAGCACCAAGACAAAUUUCUGCUUCUAAAUCUAUCAGAGAAAAGGCACGAUAUCACCAGACUUAAUCCAAAGGUGCAGGACUACGGCUGGCCUGAUCUUCACGCUCCACCCUUGGACAGGAUUUGUGCCAUGUGUAAAGCCAUGGAGAUCUGGCUGACCUCUGACCCCAACAACGUAGUGGUCCUCCACUGCAAGGGAAACAAAGGGAAGACUGGGGUCAUUGUGGCAUCAUACAUGCACUACAGCAAAAUAUCAUCUGGAGCAGAUCAGGCUCUCACCACACUGGCCAUGAGGAAGUUCUGUGAAGACAAAGUCUCCUCCUCCCUACAGCCCUCUCAGAACAGGUACAUCUACUACUUUGGUGGUUUGCUGUCAGGCACCAUCAAAAUGAACAGCGGUCCACUUUUCCUCCACCAGAUCCUCAUUCCCUCGCUACCAAACUUCCAGGCUGGGGGAGGUUUCUAUCCUUUUCUGAAAAUCUACCAGUCUCUGCAGCUGGUCUACACUUCAGGUGUCUAUGAUCCCCAGAGCUCCAGAGCGAGGAAGCUAUGUGUGACUAUGGAGCCAGCUCUAUUAUUGAAGGGGGACAUUAUGUUAAAGUGCUACCACAGGCGCGGUCAGACAGCAGAAAGGGAGGUGGUCUUUAGAGUCCAGUUCCACACCUGUACUGUUCAUGGAGCCCAGCUGUGGUUUCGCAAGACUGAACUGGACCUGGCCUGUACAGAUGACAGGUUCCCUCCUGACGCUACAGUUGAGUUUAUCUUCUCCAAUGGACCUGAAAAAAUGAAAGGUCGAGAAUACUGCAAGAAUGAUGCCUCUAUCAAAGUGGACUUCAACACUUCAGAUCCCGUAGUCAGAUGGGAUUCCUAUGAGAACUUCAAUCUCCAUCAUCAAGACAGCAUGGAAAGUAUCUCUCAUACACGGGGCCCUCUGGAUGGCAGCCUGUAUGCACAGGUGAGGAAGCGAUGUGGGCCAGGCUCCACUGCCUCAGCAGCAUCGCCCAAUGGAUCCCUUACUGGCAGCCCAACAGUGAAACCCCAAACUUCCAGUCAGCCCCAGUCUCUCUCCAACACCCCUGACUCCAGCCGCUCCCCAGUACCUUCUGAUCACCUCAAAGAUGCUUCUCUAUCCAUAAACUGCCAUGAGAGAGAAAGCACUGACUGCCUGUUGAGGAGAGGAGAAAGAGAAGAUGGAGCAAUAGGGAAAACAACAGAGAAAGAAAAGGACAGAGAGACAGCAAUUUUAGAUGACGGAGACCCAUCAGGUCCAGGAGGUUUGAGGCAUGGGCACUCGUGUUGCAGCCGAGCAGGCAUAAAGUGCACCGGUGUGGGAUGGGAGAGCGAGAGAGAACCCUGUCUUUGUAAUGGUCACUGUCUUGGACGUUGUAACAGCACUAAAAAACAUCCAAAAAGCCAAACUCUGCCCACUAUACCAUCCAAAUCUGUGUCCCCUCCACUUCAUUCAACUUAUAUGGAACUCUGCCACCGCCAUAGUGCUCGUCGUUUACCAGAGUUACCAUGGGAACAUCCACCCGCACCUCCACCUUGUAUCCACAGGCCAUGCUACCCUUAUUCCACUCUUGAACACCCACACCCACACAGUCACACCCUCCCAGCCUCAAACAGACUCUAUAGUGGGGAAGAGUGUCAUCUCUUCCAUUAUUCCAUGUCCAGCCCAGCCGCUCAUCUCACCCAUCAAUCAGUGCCACCCAGCCCUUACAGGGAAAUGUUCUUCAGCACUCCAUCAUCAUCCUCUGGUUGCCCCUGUCGGAACUGCUCCAGCAGGCGAGAGCAUCAGUCAUCCUUAGUCAGAACACUGCACCCAGUACAUCCAGACCUAUCAGAAAACUCUAACUGGUCCCAGGCAGCAGGGGCACAACAAACAAGAGAUGCGCCUCCACUGUGGGAAAGGGAAAACCCAUGGGAGGUGGCGAGAGAGGCAGAGUUAUGGCAGUGCAAGUCAGCCAUGCCAGUGUUUCGUGUCUGCCACUCAUCUUUGGAUCAGGGUCCAAAUCCGGAGCAACCUAGAUUUGCCCACACACCUCACCAAAACUACCCCAGACCACAGGCCCUGAUGGAUGUGCGAGAUGGAUCCAGCAGUGAGUGCCACACCCCUCCGCUGCCCUGCCACUCAUGCUCCUGCUCUCCUUAUCAGUCCUCCCCAGCCGAGAGCCAUGAGAGCAGGGGUUACGCCUCUGGGUACCACUCUGGAUCAGUCUCACCGCUGCCCACUGGUAGCCCACCUCCAGGGAGAGGCAGGCUGUUUGAGACACCACCUAGAUCCAGAGAACAGCAGAAAACUGGAGAAAUGACCAAAACUAGUGUGGAGGAUGACAUAUUCCAGGGUUCAGAGAGUAAAUCGGACUCCAAUGGCCAGUCAAGCACCCCCGGACUGGACUCUGAUCAUGACUACACACUUAUCGGCAGCAGCAGCCCUACACACACUGAAGAUAGUGUAACUGCUGAUAGCCCCCCUCAAAGCCAAGAAACCUGUACACAUCUGGAGUCCAGCACAAAUAGCAGCAAAACUAUCACACCAGUACCAACAGAAACACAAAGCCAAAGUUCCAACAUAGCCACAAACUGCACACAACCAUCAAGUGAGUCUUCCAUGAGUUUGAGUUCUGAUGGUAAGAUUGGAGCAGCCAAGACUACAGGACGUGCAGAGGGAUCUAACCAAUCGCAUGCUUCUAGCUAUGCUGCUGUCUUCAUCACCCCAGUCCAAGUGCAACUCAAUGGUUCUGCCCUUCCCAGCAGUACUCCAGCUCACAGUUUCAGUUCCAGCUCUUCCACCACUUCCCCAAAUUUACCUGUCGGCUCCCCAGAGCUGCAGUCUUCUCCCCAGCGCUCCCAACUGGCUACAGACUCGGCACGAUAUAAACUGGCUCCAGACAAAGACAGCUCAGCCGAUAACAAACCUCCAUCACCUGUGCCUGAUGGGUAUCACACACCAACUUUUCCCUUAGCAUCCUAUUAUUACCCCUUACUGAACGUCCCCCACGUCCCAUACACCGGAUACACUGCAGUCAACAUCCCUGCCAUCCAGCCACCACUCCCCGAGAAGAAACGUCUUUCCUCCACAGCAGGAUACCUGAAUGGGCACAACUCUCUUGCCAGAGUCUCCUCAGUGCCUUCUCCCACACACCAUUUUACCUUCUCCCCCACAGGGGAAGAGCAGCGACGAGGGUCUGCACAGCCUAGCUGUAGGGAGGAGGCAGACAUCAGGGUGAAUGCUAAGUUUGUCCAGGACAGCUCCAAGUACUGGUACAAGCCAGGCAUCUCCAGAGACCAAGCCAUAGCUGUGUUGAAGGACAAGGAACCAGGAACCUUCCUCAUCAGGGACAGUAACUCCUUCCAGGGGGCCUAUGGUCUGGCCCUCAAAGUGGCCACCCCUCCUCCUAAUGCCAACAUCACUGCCAGCAAAGGGGAUCCCGUGGAACAGCUGGUGAGACACUUCCUCAUCGAGACUGGCCCACGGGGAGUGAGGAUCAAGGGCUGUCAAAACGAAUCAUACUUUGGAAGUCUAUCUGCCCUGGUGUACCAGCAUUCAAUUACUCCCAUUUCUCUGCCAUGUGCCCUUCGCAUUCCAGAAAAAGAUCUGGUCGGGGAGCUUCAGGAGGUGCCGAGUGCGACAAACACCAGCACAGCAGCAGACCUCCUCAAACAAGGAGCAGCUUGCAACGUGCUCUACCUGAACUCUGUGGAUAUGGAGUCAUUGACAGGGCCUGAGGCAGUUUCCAGGGCAACCAAGUGUACUUUGGCUCUGAGUCCACGUCCAGCUGCAACAGUGGUCCACUUCAAAGUGUCCUCUCAGGGCAUCACUCUGACAGACAGCAAAAGAAGGCUAUUUUUCAGGAGACACUACCCAAUCAAUAGUGUCACCUUCAGCAGUCUUGACCCCCAAGACCAGAGGUGGAUAAAUUCUGAUAAUACGACAAGCAAGAUGUUUGGCUUUGUGGCCAGGAAGACGGGCAAUGCUACAGAAAAUGUGUGUCACCUGUUUGCAGAGAUGGACCCCGAGCAGCCAGCUGUGGCAAUUGUCAACUUUAUUAACAAAGUCAUGCUCGGACCACAGCUUCGUAGAUGAAAAAGCAGGAAAAUUUGAAAAGUAAACUAUUGGAAAUCUGGGAGAGAUAUAAAAAUAAUUCUGACAUAUCUUUUAAUGAAAUGUAACUACACUUAACUGCACUUGUAUUUGUGCAGGUGACAUCACUGUGUUCGGCUAUAUGACUGUUUUUAUAAGAGAAUCUAUUUCUGACAGAUGACUGGUCUGCAGAGCAAAUAAUGUCAGUUUACAGAGCAAACACUCAUAGAUGAAGAGUAUGAUAAACCAAAGAUUGACCUUAUUUUGGUAACCUUUGCCUAAUAAGAUUUUGUUUUUGCUUAGUAAUUUUAUUUGUGAUAUUUGUUCAAACUGUACAACAUGCUGUACAACAAACUUUACAAACUAUAUGAAUGACAAUCUAUUUACCAUAUUUUAACUAUGUUGUCCAUAAUUUAAAGCUAAAGGUACAAUGACUUAGAAGGUCUUCACCAAUGUAGUAAAAUGUAAGAGUCAUGCUUUUCUUUUAUUUGUAGAGUAAAAGAGUAAAGGAAGUGAUCAAAUUCUGUAUUUUGAUUAUCUAAGGAGAUAUCAUCUUUGGCUACAUUUUAAUUCUUUGGUUGCAUACAUACAGUAUUUGUGACAAUCUGCAUUUUGUUCCCAGUGCAACUAUACUAUUAGAAAAGUAUUCAUGUUAAUGACAACUGCAAAUAUAGAAUCAUAUUAUGCAAAGCCCACAAACAAUUUAAAAAGGGACGGGUACAGUAGAUCAUUUAACCAAAUGUUAUGUAGGCACUAGGGGUGUGACUAGAUCUCAUGCCAUGGGGUCUCGCAGUAUUAAAAUGUGAUAUUUGUUCAAUGUAAAAGCUGCCUUGCAAUAUCAGUACAUAACAGAACCAGAGCAACAGCCAGGUGUGAUGCUACUUUCACAUUAUUAGUCUGGCAAAAACUCCCUGCUGUGUUUUAAUGCACAGGCCUGCAAUGGUUGGGGGGUGAGGGGUUGCAAGGAGAAUGUUGUAGGCGUGUACAAUACAGCCACAUUGUGAAGAGUCGACACGAGUGCAUUCACAUUUCCAGCCCAUGCGCUUUUUGUUGUAUUUUGGUUAGCCAUGAUGCUAACGUAGCCUACUCUACCUCAGCACCGAUUCUACCACUAGUGUGUCUGCACUGAUAGAUUUAAAAAAGCACAGUUUACCAUCCAGUACUAAUGAGAAUGAAUGGUCUGUCAUUAUGAAGCGUUAUACGUGGCCCAAAAUCGACAGUGACAAGCAGUGAAUGCUUAUACUAACAAGGUAAACAAAGAGUCUUCUCCCCGUGGUUGUCCACGGCCCGAUCGUCUCCCAUAUGUGAUUGGUCAAUGCAGCGCACCGGACCAGAUGAUGUCACCAUCCGGUCCGGUGCUGGGAGAGUGAAAAUAGCAUAGACGGUCACACACAGCUUCAUGCACAGUUAUAAGGUCGGAAGAGACUCCUGAAAUCCUACAGGAGAGAAGCCAGUCAGUUUGUGACAAAACCUUUUACAGUGCCUGCAUAUUGUCUUUUAUUGCAUAUGAUUCCUUAAUUUCUACUCAGAAAGUAGAACUGAAGUGACAGCCAUUACAAGAUGAUUAGUUAAAAAAAUGUUCA